AUGGCCAAGAAGGGUAGAUCGACCACUUCUGCUCGUAAGGAGGUUCGAAAAAGGGAAAAUGAAUAUAUCAAGGAUCUGGAGACUCGCGUCGCGGAAUUUGAUGUGAAGUUGGCUCGUCCUACUUUUUUCACAGAUCUGCCCAUUAGCGAUGGCACACUAAAAGGAUUGCGUGAAUCUGCGUUUGUGAAAAUGACUGAUAUUCAAAAAGACUCGAUGCCAGUGUCUCUCAAGGGUAACGACGUUCUUGCGUCAGCUAAGACCGGUUCUGGUAAGACUUUGGCCUUUUUAAUUCCGAUCAUUGAGAAACUUUACAGAGAAAAAUGGACAGAGUUCGACGGACUUGGUGCACUGGUUAUCUCCCCAACACGUGAGCUUGCCAUGCAGAUUUACGAAGUUUUGGUGAAGAUAGGACGACACGCAUCUUUUUCUGCGGGUCUGGUAAUCGGUGGGAAAGACGUGAAAUUCGAGUUGGAUCGUAUGUCCAAGAUCAAUAUUUUAAUUGGAACUCCGGGCCGUAUUUUGCAUCACAUGGAUCAAGCGGUAGGUCUCAAUACGUCCAAUUUACAAGUUUUGGUCCUAGACGAAGCGGACCGGUGUCUUGACAUGGGGUUUAAGAAAACGCUCGACGCCAUUGUGAGCAAUCUACCACCCACGAGACAAACGCUUUUAUUUUCCGCGACACAGUCCCAAUCUGUUUCAGAUUUGGCAAGGUUGUCCUUAACGGACUACAAGACCGUGGGAGACGUGAACUCUUUGAAGACGUCAAAGGGUCCAGCGACGCCAGAAACGUUACAACAGUCCUACAUUACCGUGCCACUGCCGGAUAAGCUUGACAUACUGUUCAGUUUUAUCAAGACACAUCUGAAGACCAAGAUGAUCGUCUUCCUAUCGAGUUCGAAGCAAGUUCAUUUCGUUUAUGAAACUUUCAGGAAAAUGCAACCGGGUAUUUCUCUAAUGAAUUUACAUGGUCGCCAGAAGCAGACUGCACGUACCGAGACUAUGGUCAAGUUCCAGAGGGCACAGCAUACUUGCUUAUUUGCCACAGAUGUCGUAGCACGAGGAAUCGAUUUCCCUGCCGUCGACUGGGUCGUUCAAUUGGACUGUCCUGAAGAUGUGGAUACUUACAUCCACAGAGUCGGCAGAUGUGCGCGUUACGGGAAACAAGGAAAAUCUCUCAUCAUGCUUACGCCACAGGAAGAAGAAGGGUUUUUGAAAAGGCUAGAAACGAGGCUGAUUGAACCCAAUAAAUUAACCAUCAAGCAAUCAAAGAAAAAAUCCAUUAAACCUCAAUUACAAUCCCUGCUGUUCAAGGAUCCGGAACUCAAAUACUUAGGGCAGAGGGCCUUUAUCUCAUAUGUCAGAUCGAUCUACAUUCAAAAGGAUCAGCAAGUUUUCAAAUUCGAAGAAUUGCCAACCGAAGAGUUUGCGAGCUCGCUGGGUUUACCGGGAGCACCUAGAAUUAAAUUCAAAGGUCGUAAAGCUGCUGAAGCAUCAAAAGAAUUGAAAAACACGUCUCGACAAUUGCUAUCGCUCUCGAAUGCAAAUAGCGAUGGAGAGGUCAUCAAAAAAAAUAAAGAAGUGAGAACUAAGAUUGACAAGAUGUUUGACAGGAAAAAUCAAACGGUUUUGAGUGCUCAUUAUCUUAAUAUUACCAAGGAUCAGGCCGAAGAGGACGAAGAAGAUGAUUUCAUAAACAUAAAAAGAGCAGAUCAUGCCCUGGCAGAAGCAGACUUACCUGAGCUCAUUGCACCGGGUUCAAGGAGAGCUCAAAAGAAGGCACUUUCAAAAAAAGCUUCACUGGCUAGCAAAGGUAAUGCAACCAAGCUAAAGUUCGAUGACGAAGGUACUGCUCAUCCUAUUUACGAGCUUGAAGAAGAAGAAGACUUUCACAAAAAAGGAGGCGCAGAGGAGCAGAAGGAAAGCUUUUUGAGAAAAGAAUUCGAGACCAUGAGCCAGAGGGAUGUAGAAGAUAAGAAGGUGGCCAAGGAGAAGAGACAGGAGAAAAAACGCAAACGGCUAGAAGCCAUGCGUCGUGAGAUGGAAGCCGAAUUGUCGGAAAGCUCCGAAGAUGAAGCUCAUUUUGACGCUGCUGUGGUGGACGAGGCAAAUUUGUCUGAGGAUAUGGAUUCUGACGCUGAGCCUGAAGAAACAUCACGGAAACGUAGGAAAUACCAGUCGAGACAAGAGUCAAGCGACAGCGAACUCGAUGGAAAACAUGAUACCGUUUUUGAGGUGGAAGAACCUCAGACGUUGGAAGAAUUGGAGUCUCUCACGUCGAAGCUAAUCCACAGGUAG